UGGACAAAAUUUCUUUACGAACACGAGGUUGCCGUUUCGGUUAUCUCACGUCAUAUCAUUUUAGAACAUUGUAAAAGCCGUUCUACUUACGUUUAAAAUGGAACACAUGUCCGUCCUCAUGUUGAUCAUGCCUUUCCCUCGUGAUUGUAAGCGUGAAAUACAAGCGCACUGAACUUGAACCAUCAGUCGAGGGUACCUUCUGCGAUCUUUAUUCUUCAUUCCAAUGCCAUCCUUGUUUCGUGAGAACCCUGUUAGGUCUACCAGUGCAUUGGUUGCAACGCUUGCAGUGGGCUGGGCGAUAACCAAACUGCUGUCUUCUCUUCAUGCCUUCCAUUUGACGCAGACGUCGGUUGCCAUGAUGGCUAUAGUGUCUUUGAUGUUACUGGUGAUGCUCCAUCAUCGACGCGAAGGUCAACUUUUGACGCAGACACAAGAAGAGAUGGUUCUGAUUGCUGGGUUUGGGCUGUUCUGGGUCGCUGCGCUCUUGGCUUGGAGGGCAUUCACACAUGGUAGCGUGAGUCCAGGACGAGCGGGAACAAUGGGAUCGACGUCGAGCCAUCGGGAAGCUGGAUUCAUCCGGUGGUGCUCUGCCCUACCCAUGCUCAGCCGAUGACAUUUAUUGCGUUGUAGAGGAAUGGUCAUUCUUUUAGGAUUAUCAAGGCAUGAUAAUGGAGAAGAUGUUUAUCGAAUCAGAAUGCUUAGGAAGGAGUGCUUAUCAGGAAAUCAGCGAACCACUUGGCA